CCGCUACACUCCAUUCCGCCAUCCGCGAGUAUUACACGAGUCACCUAACCUCACAACCGAUCGCCAUCCGAGCGCGGCCCAAUAAAUCCCCCUGCCCCCUGUCAUCCCCCCCCCCUUCGGCGAGGGUCCCGCGUGCGUUUGUUUUGUUUCCGUAGCUUCAUUGUCAGUGAUACGGAGUGUGUGUCAACAAAUCGGCCCGAAAUUCGUUUACGUCACAGUUUUCGAGAAGUAGAGCGCUUGUGCCGCUCCGCAACCGCAAACAAUCCUCGCUCGAUUCGCUAAACAAAUCCGGCGGCCGGCAAAUUGUUGGGAUUCGAGUGAAUUUUUCGAGGAGGAAAAAAAAAUCCGAUGGAAAUGGAGAUGAGCGAGCUGUUUGACCGCUGUCGAGUGGACCGUCUGGUUUUGUGAUAGUUCGGCUUCGGAUACUCGGGGUGUGUUUGUUCGUCGGGAAACGGAGUUAAUUUCGGCGACUGCUCGAUUCGCAGUUAUGUCAGUUUAGUGUGCCCGAGGAAUAACAGGGAUUUAAGCAUACCAAGCUCCUUGGAUAUCUAGCGCUCCGUUUUUACCAUUUACAACCAACAAAAUGCACGCCUCCGAAUUUUUAAAAAACGGGAGGACUAUAAAAAGAGAACCUAGUGAUAUCUGGCGAGAGGAAGAUGAAGAUUGUGACGUGGAAAUUACCUCAGAUGACUCGUCGGGAAAAAGCAAGAAUAAAGAAAACAUGCAAGAAAGCACGGACAGCUCUAGCAGUGAUGAUCCUUCAUCUUCAAAUAGUAGAUUUAGUCGAACGAAGAGGAAAACAUUAGAAAAUUCUCUAAGCAACUAUAGCUUACAUCCAAAUCGACGCCGUAAAACUAGUCUGUCGGCCAAAGAGAGAAAUUUAAGAAGACUUGAAAGCAACGAGCGGGAGCGAAUGAGGAUGCAUUCUCUCAAUGAUGCCUUCGAACAACUAAGAGAAGUAAUUCCUCAUGUUAAAAUGCAAAGAAAAUUAUCAAAAAUAGAAACUUUAACAUUAGCUAAGAACUAUAUUAUGGCCCUAACAAACGUGAUAUGUGAGAUGCGGGGCGAAGAAAAACCUUAUACUUUUGUGGACGCAGAAUGCUCAGAGGAAGAUGACACCGACGUCGAAGAUGCAGAGGUAAACAACAAUUCAUCCUUCCAAGAAGAUAUGCAUCCAGAUGCAGUGGUCGACAUGAAAUGAAAUCUCAGGCAUCGCUCAUGACAUCACACGGAUCCUCAUAUUUAGGAAUAGUGUUUCUUGCCUUCGAAUAUCAAUCCUUCAAUCGUAUCUUAAUACUUCAUAUUUUGAUCAGCAACAGGAGAUAAUUUGAUGAGAUCCGCGCGAAAUCAUUCCAAAUGCGGAAUCAGGUGUAUGAAUUGAUACAUUAAAAUGUGUCAACGGACAAUACACAUUGAAAUCGGUGUUAGGUCUACAUACCACCUGUCAUUUUGGUUAAAAUAUCUGUGUUUGGACGCGAGAGAGGAGAGUCGCGUAAAUAAGCUGAUAAAUUUUGCAGUGCCUUCAUGUUGAAUUACCGGAGUUUUUGGAGUUUGUCUGAUAGACCGCCUUACUCCAUUUCAGGAUGCACCUUUUUUUUCUUACGAUUUCCGCAACGCUCUACCAUAAAUCGCAGGGACACUUAGUAUAAGUCACGAAAUGUUAUGUAAAGUAGGCGAAUCAAAAGAUAGGAAGCAUACUUUUUUCGGGCAUGACGCUCAAGAAUGCAAUAAUUUUGUGACUUAGUAACCUAUUUUUGUCAAAAGGUGAACCCCAAGCAUGCACUUAGUCAUAAUUGUUUUUUCCUGCAAUUAAUCGAGGUCCGAAAAAUCAGAUUUAUGUAUUGGUGCUAUAAAGAUAAAUUUAUAAGAUGUAAACCAAAAAUUUCUAAUGAUUUCCAAAUCAAGAAGUCUUUUAUCUUAUGAUUUCUCAUUGUUUGAGUUUGACUCACCGCACGCAUGACCAGUUUUUCUCCCUUUCUGCAGUGUUCAUCGCUUUUCUUUUUAGCUUCCCUCAUUUUACUUGAGGACAAAUUAUUGAAGAACCGUUUCAGGUUUUGUUUUCUAAAAGUGUAGAAAAGUGAAGAAUUAAGUGAAUCUACCAUGAGAACUCAUCUGCAAUGACUCAUAUCCUCUUGGAAAAUGAGGCGCAGGAGUCACAGUGCGUUUAAAAAUAUAUGCAUAAAAAAGACACACAGAAAAAAUUAGCAAUUUAAUAGUUUUAUUGAAUUUGAGUUAAUACUGUUUUCAUUUUACAAAAGAGAUAGGAUAUUUUCUCUCAAAACAUGUUCAAAGCAUACGAAAAUGAGUUUAAAAUUUAACUGUAAAAAUGACGAGAUUUCUGAAGUGACGAUUAUAACGCAUUAAAAAAAUGGACUGAUUAUUAAUGGAUAUGUUCAAGGAGAUAUUGUUAUUUUUCUCUUUCUUUUUGAGUUAGGUGUAUAUUCAGGUAUUUUGUCUGCUAGGAGUAAGGGAUCCAAGCUCUCAAUUUUAAUGAGCAAAUUCUCAUUAAAAGUUAACCGCCUUCUUUCAUGCUGUGAGUUGAUUUGUCGUGCUGAAUUUCCGGAAUGAGACCUUUAAUUUUAUCUUCUGGAGCUCUCUAUGGUAUUUUUAGAAGAAAAUCAAUGAUCACAAGUCAGACUAUGUACGGUGUAAAUACUACCAAGAUCAUCUGAUUGUGGAAUUCAAAAGUUGUGACUUUCCAAUUUUUGUUCUUGAAAUUUUUUAGUGAGCACUUCACUUCGAGAGUCACGUAAACUGAUGACUAAAUAACAUACAAAAGAAGCACAUGAUGAUAAUAAUAAAAGGUAAUAAUUUUAUUCAAAAUGAAGAAGACAUAACUUGUGAAAAAAACGCUGAUUUGUCCAAUAAUGCUCAAUAAUGUGCAUAAUCAGGAGUGUAUCAAUGGACACCCUGAAUCCUAAGAUUUUUCUAUUUGUUUUACAUUUAUUUUUCAACUCCGCGUUUCUUUGAAAAUCUUGAUUUGAAAGCAAGUCCAGGGUCCUUCAAGUUUUACCAACAAAACUUUCAAACACAGUAGUCAUCCAUUCCAACGUUAAUACAUUGAUACGACUCAAUUAAUGAAUCUCGAAGGUAUUAUUUUAAGUAAAAAUUGUGUAUAUUUUUCUCUAUUUUUAUUACUCGAAGUAGUUUUAAAUGAGUGAUUUUUAUAUUUAUUUAUUUCAUUUUUACCAUGUUGUGAAAUGAGAUGCACACGGAAAAAUGUGCGCUAUGCCCGAAGACAAUGGGUACUGAAUUUCUACCCCAAGGGUAUUAUAGCGGGCAUACAGAAUCCUGUUGCACCACUGUAGGUGUCUUUUUCGUGUGGGAGCGUAGAAUUGUGACCACUCACGGAGGCUUUUGCAGGAGAACAAUUUUGGUCAGGUGAAAACGGAAAAUAGGAUGUCGAUUUUGCGACGGAAUCUCAAGCAUCCCGAUGAAUAUUUUGUGAACAUUUUAUUGUCUAUUUUUGUGCCAGCACAGCCUCAACAUAAUGGGUUGAAACUUUGAACGCCCACACAAAUUUCAAAACGUCGUAAUGCUGUUUGAUUUGAUAGUUUUGGAAGUUCUUUGUGCCAAAAUGUCCCAUCCCCUAAAAACUUAUAUUGACAGCUCAAUUUUGAAUUUUUUGGCACUGAGCCCUUUCUUCCGUGUGUGGUCAGAAUUUUGUUCGUCCAUACCGAAAUAGUGCUCAAAGGCUAUUAAUUUUUUCGUGUAAGCAUAUGUUAUAAUUUUAUCGAAUGAUGAAGUAGGCUACAGAACAUUAAACAGUUACCAUUUUUUAUUAUUUUUUACAGUGGCACAGCUCAUCAUUUUUGUUGUAUCAAUAUUAGAUUUUCAAAAAUUGGAAAUAUCGUCAAUUAAUUGGAAUUUAUUAGAAAGAACGUAUUUGUAAGUGUUAAAGUUUUAUGCUCGAUCUGAUUUCCGAAUCUAACAUAAAUUAUCUGAAAAUUGACUCCGAUUUAUUUUGAUACCUGUAAAGAAAUCCGUCCUGUUUAUUUAAUGUUUUCAACAAUGUAUCAUUGCAUAAUUGUGAUAUGAUAAAAUAAAUUUAAUUGAUUUAUAUCUCAA